AUGGCGGAGCAGGGUGGAAAUUCUAACGAAGAAAAUGGAAAAAUUGGUAUUAAUUUACCAAAAAAUCCUCAAAGAACCAUCAUCACUGCUACCAGUGAUGAUAAUCUCAAGGAAAUCUUUCACCAAAUCAGAACUUCUAAAACCCCAGCAGUUAUCAAUUACGGUGCAUCGUGGUGUCAUGUUUGUAGUCAGAUCCUUCCUGCAUUUUGCCAACUGAGCAACAAGUUUCCGAAGCUUUCUUUUGUGUAUGCUGAUAUCGAUGAAUGCCCAGAAACGACGCAACACAUUCGCUACACGCCCACGUUUCAUUUCUACAGAGAUGGCGAAAGGGUCGAUGAGAUGUUUGGUGCUGGAGAAGAUCGACUACAUGAUCGCCUUUGGCUGCACUCUUGA